AUGGAAAAAUCCACAACUGUGACAAGUGAAAAGAAGAUUAGUAGUAACUGCAUCAAUGAUGAUCUUUCAUUUAACAUUCUCUCCAAAUUGCCCUUAAAAUCUUUGAAGCGAUUUGGCUGUGUUUGUAAAUCAUGGGCACCUUUAUUUGAAAACCCUCAUUUUAUGAGUACCUUCCGCUCACAUUUCAUAUCUAAUCAUCAAUCUUUAUAUAAUGAUACAUCUCUCCUGUUACAAGUUACUGGUAGAGAGUUUCAUAUAUUGUCCGAUGAUAAUGAACUUGAAAACACUGUCAAUCUACCCAAUCCAUUUCAACAGGAGGAUCUAUUUUUUAACAUUUUAGGUUCCGGUAGUAUUACCGGAAUUCUUUGUCUCCACCGACACCAAGGUGGACCAAUUGUAUUUUGGAAUCCUUCCGUCCAAGAAUUUAAAGUCAUUCCUCCAAGUCCGGGUGAAUCUGUACCACGUUACCAAUUGUUUUUGACUGUGAUUAAUGGAUUUGGAUAUAACCAUGUUAGAGAUGAUUAUAAGUUAAUUAAGCAUCUAUUUUACUAUUCCCCAAGCAGUCGAGAUUGUGAAGAUCUUGGCCUACAUGAUGUGCCAUGGAAAGAAGUAUUAGAUUGUGAAUCUUUAUGGGAGAUAUAUAGUCUUAGAACUAACUCUUGGAAAAAACUUGAAGCUUUGGAAUCAUUUGACUUGAUCAGUGAGGUGUUAUGUACUACACUCGUACCAUUAGAUAUACAUUUUGUGGCUGGCGCACCACAUUUGGUGGAGUUAAGUGGUUCUAUUGCUCUGAUCUCUUGGACUUAUAGUAGUGCACCUACUUUUGAUAUAUCAAUUUUAGCUGAAAUUGGUGUAAAAGAAUCAUGGAUUAAACUUUUUAAUGUUGGACCAUUAUCCUGCAUCGAUAAACCUGUAGGGUCAGGUAAGAAUGCUGAUAUAUUUUUUAUUCAAGAAGAUGGUGAAAUAGUUUGUUUAAAUUUGAGUACCCAAAUAAUUGAGGAGCUUGAUGUUAAAGGAGACCAUUAUAGACAAGUUGGUCAGGUAUUGAUGUAUAAGGAAAACUUUCUUUCAAUUGAAAGGAUAAACCAUUAG